AUGGUGAUUUCUCGUCGAUCUACUCGCCGUAUCGGCAAACAAACCUCUACUUCAGCUCGCCGUGUUCCUAUUCCGGAACGAUCACCUCCGGCGUCCCCUGUUUCCUUCCGAUCUGAUGAAAUCUCUCCCGAGAGCAUUCAUUCUCCUUACUAUCUCACAAACGGUGAUAAUCCAGGUCUAUCUAUCAUCUCUGAAUCUCUAGAUGGUUCAAACUAUGAUAACUGGAGUAUUGCUAUGAAGAUUGCUUUGGAUGCUAAGAACAAACUUGCUUUUAUUGAUGGUUCGAUUGUGAGGCCUGAUGAAUCUCAUCGUAACUUUCGGAUAUGGUCUAGAUGCAACUCGAUGGUUAAGUCUUGGAUAUUGAAUACUGUUUCUAAGCAGAUCUACAAAAGUAUCUUAAGAUUCAACGAUGCUGCUGAAAUCUGGACUGAUCUUCUCACUCGCUUUCACAUCACCAACCUUUCGAGAUCCUAUCAACUCUCUCAACAGAUUUGGUCUCUGCAGCAAGGACCUCUGGAUUUGGCAACAUAUUACACUAGUCUUAAGACUCUUUGGGAUGAACUGGAUGGUGCUAGCUGCAUCACAACUUGUCAUCAUUGUGAUUGCUGCAAAGCCAUGGAAACUAAAGCCAAUCAUUCCAAAGUGAUCAAGUUCUUAGCUGGACUAAACGAGUCUUAUGCUGUAAUCCGUAGUCAAAUCAUCAUGAAGAAGACUCUUCCUGAGCUUUCUGAGAUCUACAACUUACUCGAUCAGGAUCACAAUCAACGCAACAUUAUGCAUGUUCAUAAUGCCUCUGCUUUUCACGUCAGUGCUCCUGCUCCAGUCUCUCCUCAAAUCAAUGUUGCUCAGUCUGGUUUUCAGCCGAAACAAACUCGCCCUGUUUGUGCUCACUGUGGUUAUAAUGGUCAUACCGUUGACACAUGUUAUAAAAUACAUGGGUAUCCAGCUAGUUUCAAGCAUAAAACGAAGCCAAGUACUGAGAAGCAAUCCUCAAACAAACCUGUUACUUCUGCUAAACCUUUGGUAGCUCAGCUGGCUCUCUCGGAUUCUGCUUCUGAUGUGGUUAAGAAUCUCACUAAAGAUCAGAUUGAAGGAGUUAUUGCCUAUUUUAGUUCUCAACUCAGCUCUCAAGCGCCUCAAGUGAACAACUGCAUUGCUUCUUCCUCUGGUGGUUCAAUUACUGCACUUCCUGGUAUGGCAUUUUCUUCUUCUACUCUGUGCUUUGUUGGCAUGUUGCAAGGAACGAAUAAUGCUCUAUGCUCAGAAUCUUGGAUAAUAGACAGUGGAGCUACACAUCAUGUUGCUCAUGAUAGACGGUUAUUUGUUGAUCUAUCUGAUGCAAUGAAUACUUCAGUAACCUUGCCAACAGGUUUUGGAGUUAAGAUUGAAGGAAUAGGCUGUAUAAGACUGAGUGAUACUCUAGUCUUAUCCAACGUUCUUUAUAUACCAAAUUUUCGGAUCUUACCAAGGGAGUGA